AUGACCAUCACCGCGGUGCAGACCCUCCUGCCGGGUCGCUUUGCAGUCAAUUCAACUGAGAGACGAGUCGAGAAGCCGCCACCACAGGUGUACAGUGUGCCUGACUUCCCCUUCAAGGGCUACCAACCGCCGCAGCCCGAGGGAUACGCGCAGAGUCAAGCCCAUCCCGACACGAGCGCCAUCGUCAUCGACAAUGGCGCCCACCUCGUCAAGGCUGGUUGGUCGUUCGACCAAAGUCCGCGAUUCGUCCUGCCUCCCGUUAUGAGCCGCUACCGCGAUCGCAAGCUCAAUCGCCAAUGCCACUUCAUCGGAAAUGAUGCCUAUGUCGAUGCGACCACGCGCGGCCAGCUUCGAAAUGCAUUCGACCCGGGUUCCAGUGUGGUGGGGAACUGGGAUGUCAUGGAGGGUAUCCUGGACUAUAUUUUCCUCAAGCUCGGUGUGGAUGGCGCCAACGGGGGAGUCGACCGUCCGGUUUUGAUGACUGAGCCAAUCGCCAGUCCCAGUUAUCCUCGCAAGAUGAUGAACGAGAUCCUGUUCGAAUGCUACUCAGCACCGUCGGUGGCGUACGGUGUCGACUCCCUGUUCGCUUAUCGAUACAACAAGGGAAGUGACGGACUGGUCGUGUCCUCGUCGCACACCUCGACUCACGUUAUCCCUGUCUUGAAUUCCAAACCUCUUCUCUCGAACUGCUCGCGGCUGAAUUGGGGCGGGCUGCAUAGCGCUGAAUACCUCCAAAAACUCAUGAAGCUCAAAUAUCCUACCUUCCCGGCACGUAUGACGGAACACCAGAUGGAGGACAUGGUUCACAAACACUGCUACGUCUCCCAGGACUAUGACCGCGAGCUCGGUGGAUACUUGGAUUGGACAGGGCUCGAGGACCGCAAUCAUGUCGUGCAGUACCCCUUCACCGAGCAUGUCGUACCUGAGAAGACGGAAGAAGAACUUGCGCGCAUCGCCGAGCGCAAGAAGGAGAGCGGUCGUCGAUUGCAAGAACAAGCCGCCAAGAUGCGGCUGGAGAAACUUGUGAAAAAAGAGCAGGAGCUGGAAUACUGGAAAGACCUGCAGCAAACUCUAGCAUCGGAAACGAAGAAAGAAGUACGCCGUAUUUUGGAGGCGGAGGACCUCAAAGACGAAGCUCAGCUGGAACGACAGAUUCGGGAUUUGGAAAAAUCCAUUAAACGCUCUCGCAACCGUGACUUGGGUAUUGAGGAAACAGAAGAACAGCCAGAGGAAAUGUCGUUUCCGAUGCUUGAUGUGCCCGACGAGCAACUCGACGAGGCCGGCCUCAAAGAAAAGCGACACCAGCGCCUCAUGAAAUCCAACGUGGAAGCCAGACAACGUGCCAAAGAUGAGAAAGAACGCGAAAAAGCUCGCCGAGAGGAGGAAGAGCGUUUGGAUCGCGAGAAGCGCGAAAAUGAUUUUGAGAACUGGAUCGCUCAACGGCGAGCCAACCGCCAGAAUCUUCUUCAAAAAAUCAAAGACCGGGACCGCAUGAAGGCCGAUCUGGGUAACCGUAAAUCGCUUGCCAGCCAAAUGCGCAUGAAGACGCUGGCCAACCUGGCAGCCGAAGGCCCCAGGAAGCGGCGGCGCGGCGGCGAUGACGAUGACUUUGGGGCCAACGACGACGACUGGGGCGUUUACCGGACCGUGGCAACGGGCGAAGCGAGCGAUGAAGAAGAGGAAGAGGAUCUCGGUGGAAUGCUGAAUGGCGUGGAGCAGGAACUGCUGGAGUACGAUCCUGAUUUCACCGAGAAUCACACGCUGGCGGCACAGUCGGACUGGACCAAGAGUCUUGUGCAUGCAUUCCUGCGUGGGCCAUGGCCUUUCGACCCGGAGAGCCAGCGCGAGGCUCACCAGUUGCACCUCAAUGUCGAGCGCAUCCGUGUGCCGGAAGUUGUCUUCAAGCCCUCUAUUGCCGGUGUUGACCAGGCCGGUCUGAUCGAAAUCGCGGCCAACAUUGUCAACCAGCGCUUUUCCAGUCCCGAAGACCAGUCGCGUCUUCUCAAAGAUGUAUUCCUGACGGGCGGCAACUCACUCUUUACUGGAUUCGAAGACCGCUUCCGCAACGAGUUGCGCGCGUUUCUUCCCGUGGAUGCGCAGCUUGGUGUGCGCCGGGCCUCAGACCCCGUCCUUGAUGCGUGGAAAGGUGCCGCGCAAUGGGCUGCUGGUGGUGAGCUGGGCAACUUUUCGGUCACGCGACAGGAAUACUUGGAGAAGGGCAGCGAGUAUAUGAAGGAGCAUGAUCUGGGCAACAUUUCAUGGUGA